GUUGACAGAGAAGCUUCUCAAACAAUGCUCAAUUGUCUGAUGUAUAAAUUAAGCUAUUAUCGUUUCGGUGAAGUUCGCUUAGAUAUGCAUACACCAAGUGGUUAUGAUAGAACAAGAGGUGUAGAAAUUGGUCGUAAAAAUUUCGACUUAGAUUUUCUCGAAGAAGCUUUUACAUCGAAACAUUGGCUUGUAAGGAUAUAUCGUGUUCUACCGCCUGAGAAUUUACCACAUCUGUCGAAUACACGUCGACGGAUACGUUAUCGUCCUUCAGGGAAAAGUGGUUCAACUACUCGUGGUCGAUUAAAUAGUAAUGUUGUUACGUCGUCUAGCAGUAAUAAACGUUCCUCUAAAACUUCUAGAUAAGGCGAGUGUUUCCUGGAUGUGAACGACUAGUCUUUGCAAUAAUCCAAGCAAACUGUUUUGCUAUGUGCGUCUCUUUUUUUGUUUGUUUGUAUGUUUAUUUGUUCAACCAUAUUCUCUU